AUGUAUAAUUGUGCAUUGACGAUUGAUGAGAUUGUCAAUCCGCGUGUCUAUCUGAAUGACUCCUAUCUUGAAGGUCUCCUCAAAGUUCUUGAGACGAAUAUGUACUGUUACCAGCACAUAAACGAGCAACCCUUGCAAAAGGUGGCAUCGUGGAAGUCGAGCAUUGUGGAGAUCCUAGCGGAGCACCUUACCAAGUUGGCUGAAAGCGGUGCAGCCGAGGAGACCGGAGGCCCCUCCGGAGCUCCAAACACACAAGGGUCCCCCGAGAGCCCCUCGACCAGCAGGAGCGAUGGCCUUGUCUCGAGAAGUGGAAGCUUGUCGAUCCCCAACUUCGAUCGAGAUUGGAGCACAUAUUGGCCAGCCACAUACAACACCUACUCAAGAAUGAAGACCAGAAAUGCGCCGCAUUUCCACUUCUACACCAAUCAGAAUCUCCACAUUCUUACCCCAAAUUUCUCGUCUGGAAAUGCGGCGCAUUUCCAUCUAGGCCCGUAA